UGACUUGGAUUAAUAACGUCUUUGGGCCGACCAACGACUCCUAGUCUAUACGAUCCGAAGUGAUUUUCCUUUUCCAUUUCGUUCGCCAUGGCGCCGACGGUGGUCGACAAACCCGAGAAAGCGAAACUUCCUGAAGUGCCUGAGACACUUCUGAAGCGGAGAAAGACACGCGCUGAAAUCAAAGCCAAGCAGCACCAGAAUGCAAUUAAACAGAGGAAGCUGCGACGUGCGAAGCGACUGGAGAUAUUCAAGCGCGCAGAGCAAUACGUGAAGGAGUAUCGUCGACAGGAGAGGGACAUCAUUCGGCUCAAAAGAACUGCUCGUCAUAAAGGCAACUUCUACGUUCCAGCGGAGCCGAAGCUUGCAGUUGUCAUCCGUAUUAGAGGCAUCAAUGGAGUGAGUCCGAAGCCACGCAAGGUGCUCCAGCUGCUCCGCUUGCGCCAGAUCAACAAUGCCACUCUGGUGAAGUUGAACAAGGCUACAGUCAACAUGCUGCGCAUUGCAGAACCCUACAUCUCGUGGGGCUACCCCAACCUCAAGACCGUUCGGGAGCUGGUGUACAAGCGAGGCUUUGGUCGUAUCAAUGGUCGCAGGGUGGCCCUCUCUGACAACUCUGUCAUCGAGAGCAAGCUCAGCAAAUGUGGCAUCAUCUGUAUUGAGGACUUGAUCCACGAGCUGUACACAGUGGGGCCAAACUUCAAAAAGGCCAACAACUUCCUCUGGCAUUUCAAGCUGAACAAUCCCAGGGGAGGUUGGCGCAAGAAGACCAACCACUACAAUGAAGGAGGAGACUUUGGCAACCGUGAAGACCUUAUCAACAAGCUCCUUCGUAAGAUGAUUUGAGAGAGAAUAAAACCUGUCCCCGAAAUGUU